AUGGCACAAGACAGCCUGGCAGAACUCAACGCCCAAGACAUAGCACCAGGGGCCACGAGCGAUCUUGCAGCCUUUGCAUCAGCACUUCGCUUUGAUGAUAUCCCGGCAGAGGUUGUUUCUAAAGUGAAAGAGCUCAUACUGGACAACAUCGGCGUGAUUUUCCAUGGCAAUCAGACACCGUGGGCGAAAAUGAUUGCAGAGAUGGCGACAGAAAGCGGUGCCACUGCCCGCUCCUCCAUCGUGGGCCACGGCGUCAAGACAUCGCCCGCGCAAGCAGCCCUGGUCAACGCAACAGGAGGCCACUCCUUUGAAUUCGAUGAGAUCCAUCGCGACGGCGGGUUCCACCCUGGAUCCAUCAUAUUACCAGUGGUAUUGGCGCUCGCGGAGUCUGAGGGCGGACGAACCGGACAGGACUUCAUUACUGCCACGGUGGCUGCGUAUGAAGUCGGAUGCCGUGUCGGCAUGUCGACGGGCGCUGGGCUCUUUUUCAGAGGUCAUCAUCCCCAAGGCGCUGUCGGCCCCUUCGCGGCAGCCACGGCUGCUGCAAGAAUUCUCAAUCUAGAUGCGGCAGCCACGGCUGCUGCAAGAAUUCUCAAUCUAGAUGCGGCAGACACUCAAAACGCCAUCGGAAUCGCUGGCUCAGCCGCGGCAGGACUCAUGGCUGCCCAAGAAGGGUCGAUGGUCAAGCGUAUGCAUGCCGGGUGGGCCGCCCAGAACGGCGUGUACGGUGGUCUGUUGGCUCGCAAAGGCUUCACGGGGAUUUCAAACGUUCUUGAAGCGUCCUUUGGAGGCUUUCUACAGACCUUUAGUAGCGGCCCUCUUCCGGAAAACUUGCAAACCAAUCUGGGCAAAACAUGGGAGACUCUUAACGUCGGGUACAAGCCGUACGCUACAGUGGCAAGCAUUCAGACCGCACUCGACUGCCUUCGCAUCAUCAUCCAGGAUCAUUCGCUGACUUCGGACGACAUCGAAAAGAUUGACAUCGGAUGUUCUAAGAUCACGUACCAUCACUGCGCCUGGGCGUACAAACCAGCCGGUGUGACUGCUGCACAAAUGAACCUGUUCUACAGCCUGGCCGUACUUGCGACCGAUGGUGAUGCCGGCAUGGGUCAAUUCGAACAAGAUCGCUUGCAAGAACCAAAGCUUCUCGGCUUGAUAUCACGAAUGGAGGCUCAUAUUGACACCGAGAUCGAAGGCAUGGGACGUACCUUUCGCCACGCGGCUAGGGUGAAUGUGCGAACAAAGGACGGGCAGCAAUUCGAGAAGACGGUACUUCAACGGCGAGGCUCGCCAGACAAUCUGGCGCAGCCUGGGGACAUUGAGGCAAAGUUCAACAAAUUAGCGGGCACAGUCCUCAGUGAAGGCGGUGUGCAAAACGUGCAACGGUUGGUUGAGGAUUUGGAGAAUGCUCCGUCACUUGACGAGCUUUUCAAGGUUUUGAGGGCGAAAAAUUGA